CACCCGCCUUUUACCUCAUCCGCUUAAUUGCACCGGCCGGUCCCUGCCUUUGUGCCUAGCCAGCCAAGAAGAUACUUUUCAUCUCCUACCCGCGGUCACCGCGCACGGAAGCGGCGGCGACGGCGCCAUGGGGAGGCCUCCCUGCUGCGACAAGGUGGGCGUGAAGAAGGGGCCCUGGACGCCGGAGGAGGACCUCAUGCUCGUCUCCUACAUCCAGGAGAACGGUCCCGGGAACUGGCGCGCCGUGCCGACAAACACUGGGCUGAUGCGGUGCAGCAAGAGCUGCCGGCUUCGGUGGACCAACUACCUUCGGCCGGGGAUCAAGCGCGGAAACUUCACCGACCAGGAGGAGAAGCUCAUCGUCCACCUCCAGGCGCUUCUCGGCAACCGAUGGGCGGCGAUAGCGUCCUACUUGCCGGAGCGAACGGACAACGACAUCAAGAACUACUGGAACACGCACCUCAAGAAGAAGCUCAAGAAGAUGCAGGCCGAAGGUCAUGAGGGCGGCGCCUCCGAAGGUGGCGACGGCGGCAGUGUCGCAAAGGCGGCCGCCCCCAAGGGGCAGUGGGAGCGCCGUCUGCAGACGGACAUCCACACCGCGCGGCAGGCGCUCCGUGACGCGCUCUCGGUCGAGCCUUCUCCGUCCGCCGCAAAGGCGCUAGCGGUGCCGGCGUUGCCGACGCCACCUGGGUCGGUGACGACGUACGCCUCGAGCGCAGACAACAUCGCGCGGCUUCUGGAGGGGUGGAUGCGCCGCGGGGGCAGCAGCAAGGGACCGGAGGCGUCGGGGUCGACUACGUCCACGACGGCUACCACGCACCAGCAGCCACAGUGUUCCUGGGAUGCCGCGGCGUCCCCGUCGGCGAGCCACAGUGGCGGUGGCACGGUCGCGGCGCAGACGCCUGAGGGCUCGUCCCAGACGAGCAACCUGGCCAGCACUGGCGCCCCGCCAGCGUUCUCCAUGAUAGAGAGCUGGCUGCUCGACGACGGCAUGGGGCACGGCGAGGGGGGCCUCAUGGACGACGUGGUGCCACUGGGGGACCCCAGUGAGUUCUUCUAAGUACGGCGCUCGUGUACCAACCGGGAAUUAAUCGACUAGAACAAGAACAAAUAUUCAAGAAAGGUGAUCGCCGAUCGAGUAGUUGAGCAGAAACAACUAAAGGCCGGGGAUUCCAAUUCUCGGUGAUUUUAAAUCGAGCUGGGUGUCGAUCCAGUUUGUUUAAUCUUCUUAGAUUUUAGUUACUGUUUCCGAUGUUAAUUAGGGUUUCGAACUGAUCAUGUCCUAAAUGGAUCCUGCAGCAGGCGGAUAAAGAAAGAAGUGUACAUCCUGUAAGAGAAAGAUCUAUAUAGAUGUUACAUAUAGAUGCUUAAUUUAUACUAUUAGAGCACUCUUUAUACUA